AUGUCGACCACCGUAUCCACCCCCACCACGCCCUCGACCACCGAGUCGACCACCACCAUCGUCCUCGCGCCGGCCCCCCGCGCCACCCGCACCAUCAACGCGCUCUACCUCUCGUCGCUUGUUGACAUCCGCCGCCCGCUCCCCUUCGCCGUCUUCUACACGCUCGUGUGCGAGCUCGGCCGCGGCCUCGCGCCCCUCGUCUUCGUCUUCAACGUGCUCGCGCACUUUGUCAACUGCUCGCUUCUCGCGCUCAUCGCCCACGCCGCUCGCGGCCUCAGCCUCAAGACGCCUCGCGCGCUCACGUUCAACCCCGACCCGGCGUACGCCUUCUUCCCGGCCUACGCGCGCUUCCUCCCCACGCCCAACUCGCCGCGCGACAUUGCUUUCCUCGUGCGCGACGUCGGCGCUUGCCUCCGCGCCCUUGCUUUCCUCGCCGUCUUGGUCGUCCGCCUCCCGCUCGCCCGCUUCCUCGGCCUCGUCGCGCCCAAGCGCUUCGCGCCGAUCCGCCGCCGCGUCGUCGGCAUCUCGCAGACCAGCCUCGACGCCUUUGCUGCCGCCAUCGAGGAGCGCGAGACCCGCCUCGCCGACGAGGAGAAGGCCGCCGCCGCCGCCCGCCGCGUCGCGACCCAGCGCAACAAGUCCAAGCUCGAGCUCGCGCUCCCCGCCCCGCUUGCCCGCCCCGUCGACAAGGUCCUCACCAAGAAGCCCAUGUCACCCAGGAAGCGCCACCACCUGCGCAAGAAGGCCGCCCGCGCCGCCGAGCUCGCCCGCGUCCAGGCCGAGUCGGGCGUGCCAGUCAAGCCCCCCUCUACCUGCGACAAGGUCAAGGCGGCGCUCAACCUCAAGGCCAAGCUCGCCGAUAAGUGGGAGGAGUGGAACGCCGCCGGACUCGAGUGGGAGCACUUCACCAACCGCCCCGAGGCGCGCUACCUCUUCCACGACAUCUCGCGCGUCGAGUAUGUCAAGCUCCACGGCAUCAAGACGCACAUCUGGAGCGCGGCCUACGACACCGACGAGACCCACUACCUCCCCUCCGCUUGCCGUGCGCGCGCCCGCAUCGCUCUCGCCAAGGAGUCGAUCCGCGGCCUCAAGGCCGAGGGCGCCCCCAAGCUCGCCAUCCAGUUUGUCGAGUUUGAGCUCGAGAAGCAGGCCUCCAUCCUCCACUACGAGCUCAAGCGCAACGCCAACAACCACUACUUCUGGCGUCUUGGCGGCCUCGACAAGUCGACCCGCCCCAGGUUCCACAAGUACCUCGCCACUGCCAUCACGAUCAAGUGGGACGUCCGCCGCACCGUCCGCAAGGCGUAA